UGAAAGUUGACGGACGCUAAACACAACGACGACCACGAAGAAGAAGACAGAAACAUUAGCAAACAAACAAACGAGACCAGCUAAUUUAGCUUGUGGAAACAUUAGGUCUUAGUUUUGCCGGGUUUACGUUUUAGUAGAUUAGUUAUUCUUAUUUAACUGAUUCUGUAUAAACUAUGUAUCGCCGCCCCGAAAGGGAGACGACAUCUGAACCUGUUAUCUAACAGUUGCUAACUCUAGCUAAACGUCGGCUAACCUCAAGUUAAUCCUGUCCGUUUGCUUUGUUUUCUGCUGGAAAUAUAUAUACACUGGGGAAAUAAAACAGUCCACAUUGGACCGGAACAGCCUGGUUCAUUUACGAAUUGUAGUUAGACGCCCAGUGUCGAUUAUAGCCCACGGUGUACAGACAUAAACCGGAAUACGUGUCCCUGAAAGCGACCAAGGAUGGCUCACCUUGGUGUCUGGUGUAUGCAGACUCAAAUGAGUGUCUUUUUACUAGUUUUCUGCUGCAUGUAUGUUCCCUCACCAUCACAUGCUUACAUAUUUGUCCAUUUUAACAACAUGACCUCCAUGUUGUUUGAGGACCUACCUGCUUUAUUUGGACCUUCUCUUCCUAAGCAGGGAUUGAUGGGAGUUUUGGUGGUUUCCAGUCCACUCAAUGGUUGUACAAUAAUGGAUCCUCCUCCUCUACUGCCAACAAACUACGAUGCCAACACCACUAAAUUUAUCGCUCUCAUUAAGCGCUACGAAUGUGAUUUUGAUAUAAAGGUUUUGAAUGCACAGCAGGCUGGAUACAGUGCAGCCGUUGUUUACAACAUGUACUCAGACCUUCUUCUUAGAAUGAACUUCAGCAACGGCACUAUUGCAAAGCAGAUUGAAAUUCCCUCUGUGUUCACCAGCAACUAUGCUGCAAACUUGCUUAAGGACGUUGUAAUUCAAGAACAAGGAGCCUAUGUGAUACUCAAGCCGGAAUUUAUUUUUCCACUUUCUUACUACCUUAUUCCAUUCACUGGGGUAGUUGGCAUGAUUAUUAUCGUGAUGUGUGUAAUCCUGAUUAUACGGUGUGUGCAGUACAGAAAACGUCUGAGGAAAAAUCGGUUGACCAAGGAUCAGUUAAAGCGGAUUCCAACUCAUAAGUUCAGGAAAGGAGAUGACUAUGAUUUGUGUGCUAUCUGUCUGGAUGAGUAUGAAGAAGGAGACAAGCUGAGAGUUUUACCUUGCUCACAUGCGUAUCACUGCAAGUGCGUCGACCCUUGGCUCACCCAGACCAAGAAGACGUGUCCCGUGUGCAAACAGCGCGUCACCCGGAGCAACACGGAGCCCUCCGAGUCCGACUCUGAGGAAGAAGCAGGAGGUCGACGAGAGGAGGAAGAAAGAGAGGGCGAGGGAGACUCUGAGCGCACUCCUCUGCUGCGCCCAUCCAACCCUGGCUCUCCAUCUGGGACCCCAGGGGCCUACUUAGCCACCACCACUGCUGCCCAGUGCCUCGUCUCUCCAGCUCACUGUGACUCUCCCAUCCUGGGCUACGAAGGCUACUACUCCCCACAGGAGGACACUGACUCGGAAAGUGGUGACGGAGAAGAGGAUCUGCACCACAGUGAGGAUGAUACAGCUCGGCUCAUUGGUAGGAACGGAGUGGUGGUCUGAACUUAACUACAAGAAUAUUAGGAAAGUUUUAAUCCUAAAAGAAGGCAAAACAAGCGGGGAGGAAGGUUUUGCCUCUAUUCAUGCUGUUUGAGCAUGACAAGUUAGAUGGAAGAUUUAUAGUCUGAAAAAAGUUAUUUUGGUUAAAGUGGGUUAUGAAGGAAAGCUCCCAGUCAUUUCCGCUCUUUUCAAUCAUCUCUUUAGAUGUUUGUACUACAGGGAAGGUGACAAUGUUUUUCUUUUUAGUUUUAUUUCUCUUAAGAGAACUAGAUUCUUCUGUUUUUGAUGAUUACGCUAUAAUAGAACAUUGGAAACAUUUUACAUUGUACUGCUGCUUUUACAUUGUUGUUGACAUUGCUAUGUAGGUAGUUCAAAUUUUUAGCUUUAUCCCAUUUAUUAAGUUGAGUGAACUCAGGUUUCUUUCACAAUUAAAACAUUUAAUUUUGGGUUUGUAAGUGAAAAAGCAAGUGCAAAACAAUUAGCAGUCGGGUUUGGUCAUGUAAAUGAAAUUUUAGGUUUUUGCUUCUCUUUUACUCUGAAAUAUUGACCCACACCUAAAUUACUUCUUCUUUUUUUACAUUUUUAUUUACGUACAGAUUGAGAAUUGUGGUGUUGAAAAGCGUUUUCGGGAUAAAGUGCGUUGACUUAUGUUGGCCUUGAUGUUCACGUGUGUGUUAAAUGUCUGCAAAUCAAUAGUCGAUAUAGACACUCCCUUCUUUUCUUAUUAUAUUCUUCCUGUUGAUCUGUCUCUUGUUCCGUAAUCUAAUAACUUGCUUCCUGUUUUUUUUUAAAGUUGAGAGAGCUUGUGUUUCUGUAGCUGUAUUAAUCAGCAUGGAAAAUGCUUUUAUUUGUAACCUGACAUCAGGACAGGUCUUAUAAAAUUAAGGACCUGUUUUGGGUCAAACCUGCUGAUUUAUGUAAAAAGCUUCACAAGUGGAAUUCUUAAGUGGGUUUGGCCAUAAUGUUUUAUUGCUAAAAUAAAUAUUAAUUAUACAAAUUGGAUCUAAAGCUGAAAACUAUUGACUACUGUUAUAACUUGAUGAUCUGUACCACUCUAAAACCAUGUACACAGGGUUUUUUAUGGUCAUUUUGUGUUACUGUCGACAUAGUCAAACAAGCUUUGUAUUUGGAGAUGUACAUUAAGAGUUCUGAUUUUUCUAUGAAGAAAUAGUGCAAUUAUUUGAUGAUUUGAUAUAAGUCCAUGAAUCUUAAGACAGAGGAAACACUACAUAUGAUGAACAAAUUGUGGGGAUUAUCUUUUAGUGGGCAGGGUAUGAAGGUGCAGCAGGACUGUGGAUUAUUAACAUUCCUUCACAUUCUACUGCCCAGUGACCCCUGCACUAGUAAUGGUUGAUUUGAACCUGUUUGCAAUGAAUUAAUUGUUUUCCUAUUCACAAAAUGCUUCAAAUAUCUUUUGUACUGUACCUUUUUUUCCUAUGUUUCAGCUUUGUUCUAUUAACGGAAACAAAUGGAAAUGUAUAAUCUUCAAAUGUUAAUUAUCACAGAUUUUGUUUUUUUAGAAUGUGCCUAGAUUAUCAGAUGCUACAUGUACAGAGUAUAAACCAAGAUUGAUAAUCCAUAAACUAUGUAAAGGUCUUGAGAGGUAAAGACAAAUGUGUUGUUUGUAUAAAGAGUGAAAUGAAUUGAAAUGGGACUGUGUUGCCAUAAUUUGUUGUAAUAGGAAAGUUACAUAAUUUCUCUUUACAAAUGCUAAUUGACACAUAAUUCUUGAUAAUAAAGCCAUUAUGAAAAAUAA